AUGGAGAGCAGGACGAGAGAUGAGACAGAAAGUUCAGAACAGAUUCUCUGGCACCAGUGUUGGAGAGAGAGCGCGAGCACGUGGGGCGUGCGAGUUUAUGAGGAGGAGCAGAGGCAGAAGAUGGGAAAGAUCAGCCAGAUUCGGUUCGAGGGCGGGUUGCACGUUGCGACUCAAUCCCGGCAGCAGGAGACUUGA